GCGCAGACGCAGCGCCCCUCAGAGCGAGCGACGGCGAGGAAUCCCUUCUUAGCCAGUCUAUGAAGAGUCGGGGAUAAUUCACGAGAGGAGGAAGGCGGGGCCAAGGGCGGCGCUUUAGGGGCAAAGGUUCGCCGCGUCAACAUGGCGUCCUCCGUGGAACUGAACUGCUGGGGUGGCGACUGGGGCUUGCCGUCCGUACACGCCGAGUGUCUCGUUGUCAUGGCUUAUGCUAGGUUUUCUCAUGCACCAUUGAAAGUGAACAUUGUUGAUCAUUCAUGGAACGCACCAAGAGGGAGUGUACCAUUAUUGAUAUCAGAUGACACUGUUAUUUCUCAGCCAGCAAAAAUAUUAAACUUCUUAAGAAAAGAGAAGUAUAAUGCUGAUUUUGAACUAUCUGCAAAAGAAGGGGCUGAUACACUGGCCUAUAUUGCACUUCUUGAAGAAAAACUACACCCUGCAGUGCUGUACACUUUCUGGGUUGAAGCUGAUAAUUACUACAAUGUGACAAAACCAUGGUUUGCUUCAAGGAUUCCAUUUCCAUUGAAUUGGUAUCUGCCUAGAAAAAUGUCCAGGGAAGCACUUAAUAGGAUCUUGCUGACAAAAGGUGGGCCUCCACUAUACACGAUCACUGAAGUGGAAGCACAGAUCUACAGAGAUGCCAAGGAAUGCCUCAAUCUUCUGUCACAUAGACUAGGGACAUCUCCAUUUUUCUUUGGAAAUAUGCCUACAACUCUGGAUGCCUUUGUGUUUGGUUUUCUUGCUCCUCUUUAUAAAGCACCAUUCCCCAAAGUUCUGUUACAAGAUCACUUGAAACAGCUUCCUAAUUUGUGUCGCUUCUGUGAUGACAUUUUGACUUGCUACUUUAGAGUAAACUUAUCAGGCAUCUCUCCAUCAAGCCAAGACACAGUAGAUGCAAAUCUGCAGAAGCUCACACAGCUUGUAAACAAGGAAUCCAACCUGAUUGAAAAGAUGGAUGAUAAUCUUCGUAAGAGUCCUCAGCACCCUCCACGGAAGCUGACAACUCUCAAGCUUUCUGCAACUGGGGAAGGAAACAGUUCACCAAACCGCUUAUCGCCCUGAGAGUUUUAGUUUCCUAUUUAUACAUAUAUUCUACUAUGACGUCUGUCUCUAAUCAAAGUUUGCACUAAUUCUAUGUGUCCAUAGUACUGGGAGAAGGAUGAAUUGUCUAAUCAUUACAGGCACAUUCAUUUAAACAGUGCACGCUAUGGACACAGACACAUUAGAUGUCCAAGUUGACUAUAGGCAGAAUUCUAGACUAUUUGUACAGUUCAGUAUAUAGUCACCUUAAGUGCUGCAUAAUGCUUGCUUUUUAGAAUUAGUUCAUUUCUUGACCAAAACCUUGGAUUUCACUCUUGAGAAUAUGCAAAUAGAUCAACUUCUUCUAUUACAUUAAGCUUCAGUUUUGAUUACAAUCAUGUUAUAGCUCAACUUUAUUGCUGUGUAUGGUAAAAGCUGCUUGAUCACAACUUUUAAUAUUUUUAUAGAUUUUUAAUGAAGUUCAAUUACUGAAGGAAAAUUAGAAUAUCAUCUUACGUCCAUGAAGAGCGACAAAUAGUGGCUGAAAUCCUGUGCCUUUGUUAUACAAAAGUCAUAAUAUUCUGGCAUGCUUAAAUGGCAAGCAAUGAGUCCCCUUGGGAUUCUCGAAUAAUCAGCAAGUCAGAGAGGAUGUGCACCCUUGAGAAUGCCUGCAGUGACUUGUUAAUGGCAGGCUAUGAAUGGCAGAAUGGUACACCUUUUACAUACAAAAAGGUAUAUGAUUUCAGCUGGAAAGGUAUUUGCCAUUUUGCUCAGGCUCUUAUAAAAUAACUAUUGCACUGCCAUUUCAUAUUAGUAUCUCUGUUCAAGUCUUAUCUUAAUUAGAAAUGGGUUAAGCUUGACCAGCCUGCAUGGGAGCUUGUCCACUUUCAGUAUUGCAAUAUAUUAGCUUAUUGACCUUACAGCUACCUAUUUGACUUUCCAAGGUGCACCAGAUGAUGCCACAACCCAUUAGAACAAUUUUUCAAGGGCCUGCAUAGGCAAAUCACUCCCCUCAGCCAUUCAUCUAACAUGAACAAGCUUUGCUUAUCCUUAAUCUGGAUCCAGUUCAUUAUGUAAGGCUUCAGUUUAUCUUGGCCUGACUUUAGAUCCAUUAGCCUUUGUUUUUAUGUAUUACUAAAAUAACCAAUGGUAUAGAUUUUCCUCUGGGUUAAUACAGGUAUGUAACUUAGUGGACUGAAGGGAUAAAAAGGUGUGUUUGCGUUCUGCUAUGCAGAGUUGAUGAUGAGCAUUUCACCAUAAAUUAAGCUGUAGUGGCAGCCCACCAUUCAGAACUGAUAUGUGCUCAGGUCUGUCCCUGGCAGUGCAACAGAUGUGGAAAUAAUACACAGACAACAUCUCUGUACGCACACUGUUGUGACUGUACGCAUGGAGAACCCCUAGAUCUGACUGACUGUGGAGCAUGCAUUUAUACAUUCAUUUGUAACAUUCUGUGUAAUGUAAUUAUGUAACAUUAAUUUAUGAUGGCCUGAGAUACAUUUCAUAUUAAUAAUAGCUAUGUCUGAGUCACCAAACAAUUUUAUUCUAAUUAUCACUGGCCAACUACAGUAUUAGGUUGCAGUGUGGCCAGAUAGCUCAAAUCCUGGAGGCAUGGGGACUAGUUUAUAACAGCAGACCACAUCGCAAAUUGAGCAAGAGGCAAAAUGUCUGGAAACACUCCCCACUGUUAUCUUGAGGAUCUCAUUCUAUACAAGAAUGACAAAAUUAGGGUGGGGUGUGGGGACCAGAGGCUGGUCAAGGAUCAUUGUUGGUCCUCACUGUUCUAAAAUAUAAUUCUGAAUGUGCAGUAUAUCCAAAAAUAUUUUUGAAAUAAUACUCAGCUAAAGUGGCAACUGUCCUGAAUCAACUGAUCAUUUGAGUUCUGAUUCUAAAGAAAUAAUUUUAAUACAGAAAUAAAGUACAUCUGACUUUCAUCUGAUUUUAUUUUGUCCAGUCAACCAAAUGUGAUAUUUUUCCUCUAAAUUAUUUGCAGUGUUCUGUAUAUGGAGGGGAAGAGCUGUAUAAACAAGUGUGUAAAUCAUGUAUAUAAAUGUACUUAGAGAAUAUUACUUUGUAAAUUAAGGAAUGUAAAGAUCUUUCUCCUAUCUUGUUAUUUAUAACAGUACUUUUAAUGUAUAGCAAGAAUAAAUUUAAGUUUCAUGUUA